AUGUAGUAAUGAAUAGUAGUCAUUCAGUUGUAUCCAGUACAACUGCAUCUAACAAUAAUCCGUCAAAUAUAUUCACUGCAACCAAUCAAAGUUAUUGUAUAGGUGGUUAUCAAUGUCUGGCUGCUAGUCGUUCAGAAAUGGAGUCUUAUGUUCUAGAAACUAGAAUCUCAGCUGUUCGCGUUUUGGCGAAUUUAUGUGCACGUGUCUGCCAGUACACUGACUUCAUCCCAAACCAGUUAUUACCGUGUAUCUCAGAUAUUUCAGAAUCUCCGCCGUCUGUAACGCUUCCUUCAGCCAAUAAUAACAAUAACGGAUCAAUCAGUAUGAUCAACUAUAUCUUCGGUCAACUUUUAUGCCAACUGCACUUGAAAGAUCGUUUAGCUAUGCAACGUUUUAUUUCUGGCCUACUCCUUUCUACUUGGGCUUUAUCAUCACCAUUUUCAGCAUCGUCACUGAAUACUACUCAUAAACUUGAUAACAGUAGUAGUGGUAGUAGUAGUACAAGUGGUUUACUGAAUGAUCUCAUUACCCCAUUAGACAGAUCUGAACACUUAUCAGAUUUUCAUAAAUUAACGCAUACAUGGGCUAAUUUAUUGAAUGAAAUCUCGUCGAUGAGUAGCACGUCGUCAACCUCUUCACCAAUUCUGUUAUCGUCAAGGUCAUCUGAUUUAAGCAUGUUUAAGAAUCUAUCCAAUCUUAUCCCUAUUGACAUACAAAAUGAUUUACAGAACAUAACGAAACAGUUGCACGGAAAGUUGGAAUCAUGCCUAACUGAAGUGAUAUAUUAUGAAGAAAUUCUUGCUCCAUUCAAAUUAAUGCAAGAAGAUUGUCGUGAAUUGAUCAGAUCGAUGAAAAUUUGUGGACUCAGUGUUGACCCACAAAUUCCAGUCAAUGGUGUUUUAACAAUAGCUCAUUGUAAAGCAUUAUUACAAACAGUGGCGAAUACUAUUCAACAUAUGGAGAAUGCAUCUAGUACAUCUAGUAAUAUUGGCGGCAUUGAUGCCUCACUGUUGGAUCGAUUAAAUUGUCAAUUUGAACGGACUCGAACUACAGUUGAUCAUUGUCUCACUUUACAAUUGUAUCUAGGAAAUCGUGUCGAGUUGGGUAUAGCUUGUGCAUUUGCAAACAUGAAUUGGAUUCUACCUGGUCGGUUAAGUCUACUUAUUCGUCCAUUGAUGGAUACUAUUCGAUGUAUGAAGCCUUCUGUUAGUACUGUUAGUAUGAAUACCAAUUCUACUUCUACUAGUCCCACUACUACUGCAGGUGUUCUUCAUCCUUCCACUGGCAUCAUCAGUAAUUCUACUACCUCUAAUAAUAACAACCCUUCGUCCACCGGUGUUGGUAAUAAUACUGGAAAUGCAUGUAUAGAUAUUCUGCCUAUCGGUACUUGUGUACAUCUUCAACGCUUAGCUGCUUGUUGUUUAGCACGUCUUAUGUGGUUAGAAUGGAGAAUGUUGUUGAAUGCUGCUAAGUCGACGACAUCAACAACAUCCUCGUCAUCAACAAUGUCGAAAAUAAAUGAACGCUUUUCACAUAUGAUGAUGAAUACGUCUAAAGCUGCUGCUAAAGUGAUAAAAAAUUUAACUUCUUACUUGAUAGAAUCAGAUCCAGAAUUACUUCUAUCGUCAGUACAAAACUCAAAUUCGAAACAAUCAGAAACAAAUAAUCAAUUUCAUGAAGAUCAAUUGCUAGAUGAUGUUAAAAUGGUUUGUACUGAUCAAAUCCCUACUGGUCGAUUGGUCGAUAUGGAUAGUGUAACGACAAGUACAACACUGUCAUCUUAUGAAUCACAGUGUCAAUCAGCACAAUAUCGUGGUGCUUAUAUCGCUUUAUCGUGUAUCUGUUAUACUUUUAUUACAUUUUAUCAUUGUGAAGAAAUUAAUGAAGCCCACUAUCAAGUGGCUAACAUGUCAUCAUCAUCAUCAUUAUCGUCUUCAAAAGAAGCAGUGAAACCUUUGAAUUCACUGAACUCCUGUCAAUUAACAAAUAACUCAUUGAAUAGUCUUCGUUUUGGUUUACCAACAUUAUGGAAUAUAUUUUGGUUGAAUCCAAUUAAAAUUAUCAUUGAUGUAUAUCGUCCACAUAUUGCUGUUGUUGGGGGUGUUCGUUCAAUUGAAAAUGGUAAAAUAAUAAAGAAAAGGAAUAAUGAAAAUGAUAAGUGUAAAGUUAAAUUAGAGGAGGAAGAAAAACAACAACAAGAAGAAGAAGAAAGUCAUUAUUCACUAUUGAAAAGAUUAACUCAUGAAGUCAAGUUAACCACCGCCUCUUCAAUGAAUGCAAAUAGUUUAUCGAAAUCAGCAGAAAAUGAAUUACUCACAGGAUUGACUUUAUUAUCCACAUGUUUAAAUGUUAUUCUACCUUGUAUUGAUCCUGACAGGAAGACAGUAAAUCAAGAGGAGGAUUCUUCUCCUCUCCGCUGCUGCAAUGAUGAUAUAUCAUUUGAACAAAUUGUCUGGUUAGGUUCAUUAGUUAUACGUUUACCGUAUCCUGCUUGUCGUCGUAUCGGUGCACGUCUUCUAGCCGACCUGACUUUAUUACAACCUGUGCAUACAUUGAAUAUUCUUUUGCCAAUAUUAUUAUCACUACCGUCAUCAGGAUCGUCGUCAUCGAAUGAUGGGAGUUUUUUAAUGUCUGAUUUAUCAACAAUAUGUAUUGGUGCAUUGGAGACAUUUUUAACAAUUGUAGAUAAAUUCACCAAUAUUCAGAAUACAUCUGCACAUAUAUUUCAUAAAAAUCCACCAGUUGUUUUAAAUGAUCCACUAUUGGAACCAGAUUCAAAGUCAUCUUGUUCACCAUUAUCACUGUCAUCAUCAACAUCAAUAUCAACGAAUGAGUCUUUUAGUUCCACUGAAAAACACGCUCCACUUAUUUCUGAAUCAAAGACAGCAGAUAGGCUUACAGGUGAUACAAUCAAGGAUGCUCCUACUCCUACUGCUACCACUAACAGUAAUCCAAUGGAAUCAGCAACUUCAUCAUCAUCACUGCCUGAUAAUUUAAAGUUAUUCUUACCAUAUCUUGUUCUUCUGCUGACACCAACUCUUAAAUUAAUAUCAAGUGCUAAUCAAGAGAUACGAUCUGUGGCGGGUAAAUUGUUUACAGCACUGCUGAAUUUACUGCCAUUAGAGGCAUCUAUUCCAAAUCCUGUGAACAUGAAAGAAGAAUUUAAACGGGUCCGAGGGGAACAACGUGAAUUCAUUGACAGUCUGCUGCAUCCUAAUCGUAUACAAAUGUAUAAUCUACCGAUAAAGAUAAAUGCCACACUACGAUCCUAUCAACAGGAAGGUGUUAAUUGGUUAUGCUUUCUAAAUCGUUACGGUUUAAACGGUAUCCUAUGCGAUGAUUUAGGCUUAGGUAAAACACUUCAAACUAUCUGUAUCCUCGCGGGUAGUCAUCAUGAAUUGAAACAAUCCUUACUAUCAAAGAAAACAAAACAGUCAAAAAGUAAUAAGGAGGAGAAUGCAUCAUCGAUGAAAAAGUUGAAAUCAACUACUGAUAAAAAGAAGAAAAAACCGUCGAAAUCGAUGCCUACUUCUUCAAUGAAAAAAGAAUUAGAUGAAUCGAAUCAAUCACCCGUAACAAUGAAUGAUGAGUUGUCUAACAAAGAAUUGGGAUUACCUCUUUCAUUAGUUAUCUGUCCAUCUACAUUAUGCGGUCAUUGGUCGCAUGAAAUACAACAUUAUGCACAAACAGACGAUUUAAAGCCUCUUAUCUAUGCUGGGAAUCCAGCUGUUAGACAAAGCCUUCUUUCCAAGUUUCAUCAAUACGAUGUAAUUAUAACAUCAUAUGAUUCAGUUCGAAGUGAUAUAGAAUAUUUUCAAUCGAUCAAUUGGAAUUACGUCAUUCUGGAUGAAGGUCAUAUCAUCAAAAGCAGUAAAUCUAAGGUUACACGUGCUGUGAAACAAUUGAUUGCUCAACAUCGUCUUAUCUUGACUGGUACACCGAUACAGAAUAGAGUCUCUGAACUUUGGUCAUUAUUUGAUUUUUUAAUGCCGGAGUUUCUUGGUACUGAACAACACUUCCUGGCUAAAUUUGCUCGUCCAGUAGCUGUUAGUCGAGAUGUUAAGGCAUCGAAGGCAGAUCAACGUGCAGGUCAAUUGGCAUUGGAAAAACUUCAUCGACUUGUUUUACCAUUUAUGCUAAGACGAUUAAAAGAAGAUGUUAUGCAAGAUUUACCACCGAAAAUAAUACAAGAUUUUGCUUGUAAAAUGACUCCGAUACAACGUAAACUGUAUGAAUCAUUCCAGAAGACAGAUGAAGGAAAACAGCUGAUGAAUAUCGUCGGUUCAACUAGUGCCAGUGCCAGCAGUCACAGUGCCAAUGCUACUACUGCCACUGGUAAACAACAGUCAACCUACAUUUCCUCAGUAGUUGUCUCACAUGGAUUUCAAGCUGUACGAUAUUUUCAAGCUGUGUGCAAUCAUCCUUGCCUAGUUCUAAAGUCUGGUCAUCCAAUGCUUGAUGAAAUCAAAUGGGAAUUUGGCAUUCAGUCGACGGAUCAACUGAGGUCGAUUCACUUGAGUGGGAAGUUGUUAGCUUUAUGCCGCCUGUUAACUGAUUGUGGUUUUGGCAGUCCAAAUCUUUCGAACAAUAUGCCCGGUACUAGUAGUAGCAGUAAUGGUAACAAUUCAUCUCUUACAUCGUCAGGUUCAUCAACAUCAUUAGCUAAUAUCGCUUCUGCAUCGAAUGAUUUCUAUGCUAAUCGAAGUUUACUCAGUCAACAUCGAGCGUUGAUAUUUUUUCAAACACGUGAAAUGUUACAGCUGACUGCUGAUAUGCUCAGAGAAUUAUUUCCAUGGAUAACUGCAACACGAUUAGACGGUAGUAUACCUGUAGGGGAACGUCACAAUCGUGUAGUUCGAUUCAAUCAAGAUCCAUCAAUCGAUAUAAUGUUGUUGACAACAGCUGUUGGUGGAUUAGGCUUGAAUUUAACCGGUGCGGAUACGGUUAUUUUUGUUGAACACGAUUGGAAUCCGUGUAAAGAUCUACAGGCAAUGGAUCGAGCACAUCGUAUCGGUCAAUCACGUACAGUGAAUGUCUAUCGGCUGAUUACUGAAGACAGUAUAGAAGAACAAAUCAUGAAUUUACAAGCAUUUAAAUUACACUUAGCUAAUACAAUCUUGACUACAGAUAAUAAAAAUAUUAAUGAAAUGGAUACAGAACAUUUAUUCGACCGACUAUCUUCUUACAGUAAUAAUAAUAAUAAUAAUAGUAAUGAAGAAGAAGUACAACACUCGCGAGAUAACCAUCAUCAAUACGAUAACGGUCAGAGUGGAUUUGCUCUCCUAGAUGAACUUGAAACCUGUUAUGAAGUUGAAUAUAAUUUAGAUGCUUUUAUUGCUCGAUUAAAAACUAACUAACUAAUUAAACAUAAAUGUUAAUCAUCACUAAGUGAGAAUCUGUUUUUCACAUUGUUUCUUGGUUCUCCAUCAUCAUGUUUCCUUGUUUCCUCGUUCGUUUGUUUGUCUGUUUGUUCGUUCGUUCGUGUUUUUGUUGCUAUCCUAUCUAAUCUAUAGUGUGUGUUUAUACACUGACGCCUAGAUCUGUUCCUCCUUUGCGUGUUUGUUUGUGUGUGUGUGUGAGUGAGUGAGUGAGGUUAUGCACAGGCUCACUCAUUUCCCCGUGUUCCUCUCCCUCUAUCUGAAGAAGAAACGGAGAAUAUCUCAUCUAGUGCAUUUCUCCCUCUCUCUCGCUCUCUCUCUAUCCCGCUCGCUGUGUGAUCCUCUCACCAGUUGUGUGUGUGUGUGUGAGUGUGUGUAUUUCGCCUCGGAUUAUGCUACACACAGACACACACACACACAUGCACCUUCAGAAAUUGAACCUAAAUGGGAUGGAUCUUCUUCCUCUUCCAUUUUAGUUGUUUAUUCAGAUCGUCUCCUUUUCUCUCUCUCUCUCUCUC